GACAGGUUGCAGGUGUCAACUCGGUCGAAACUCUUGUCGACCAAAAUAUCCUACGAUCUCCUCUUCUAUCAAUCUUUACGCAGCAUCUACUCGACGUCUUUCGGUCUUGGACGUACACCCGAGCUCUCCACCGCCUGUCCACUACCAUGUUAUCCGCUAUAUCAGGAAUGCAGCCACGGCAACUAGCCGCACAAGUACUCAACUUUGCGCUCGUUCUUUCGACGGCUUUUAUGCUAUGGAAAGGCUUAUCCGUGGCCACAGACUCGCCGUCGCCAAUAGUCGUUGUGCUGUCGGGAUCAAUGGAGCCGGCUUUCCAGCGAGGCGAUUUACUGUUUCUGUGGAACCGGGCACGGAAUACGCAGAUUGGAGAAGUGGUCGUGUAUAAUGUGCGCGGAAAGGACAUUCCGAUUGUGCAUCGGGUAGUGCGCAAGUUUGGUGGCGGGAUUAAACCGCUACGAUUACUUACAAAAGGAGAUAAUAAUCUGGCGGACGAUACGGAGCUUUAUGCGCGUGGCCAGGAUUAUCUUGACCGCGCCGCAGACGUUAUUGGAAGCGUAAAAGGGUAUAUUCCGUUUGUCGGGUACGUGACGAUAUUGAUCAGUGAGCAUCCGUGGUUGAAGACGGUCAUUUUUGGGUUAAUGGGUGCCGUGGUGGUGUUGCAGAGGGAGUAAUGUUUUUUUUUUUUUUUUUUUUU